ACAGCGCUGGUGAUUGGCCGGACCGAUGGGGAGAGCCUCUCAGUGAGGGAGCACCGUCUGCUCUCCAGCAACAAGCUGUUGCUGUUGUGUGCGGGCUGCUUUCACCCGGCGGCAGGCGGCACCGCGCGGCGCUCACCCGAGCUUUAUCAACUAGCAGCGGCCUGCGUCCCGGAGUGCCGUACUCUCUCCGCCCGGCUGAGCGCACGGUGGGGAUGGAGGAGAUGCGGCCUAGCGGCGGCCCCACGCCCCAGCCCUUCCCGUCUCUCUUCCCCCCUGGGCUGCAUGCGAUCUACGGCGAGUGUCGAAGGCUGUACCCGGACCAGCCCAACCCCCUCCAGGUCACCGCCAUCGUGAAGUACUGGUUGGGCGGACCAGACCCCUUAGACUAUGUCAGCAUGUACCGCAAUCUUGGCAACCCUGCGCUUGAUGUUCCUGAACACUGGCAUUAUGUCAGUUUUGGAUUAAGUGAUUUGUAUGGAGACAACAGAGUGCAUGAAUACACAGGUGCUGAUGGACCAAGCGGUUUUGGUUUUGAACUAUCCUUUCGGCUGAAAAGAGAGCCAGAGGAAUCGGCACCACCAACGUGGCCCGCAGAGUUGAUUCAGGGGCUUGCAAGAUAUGUUUUCCAAUCUGAAAACACCUUCUGCAGCGGAGAUCAUGUAUCCUGGCACAGUCCAUUGGACAACAGCGAGUCACGGAUCCAGCAUAUGCUGCUGACAGAAGACCCUCAGAUGCAGCCAGUGCAGACCCCUUUUGGUGUGGUCUCAUUCUUACAGAUAGUUGGUGUUUGCACUGAGGAACUACAUGCAGCUCAGCAGUGGAAUGGACAGGGAAUAUUAGAACUUCUGCGGACUGUACCAGUAGCGGGCGGACCUUGGCUGAUAACAGAUAUGCGGAGAGGAGAGACCAUUUUUGAGAUUGAUCCUCAUCUGCAACAGGAGAGAGUUGAUAAGGGAAUUGAAUCAGAAGGUUCGAACCUCAGUGGCGUUAGUGCGAAAUGUGCCUGGGAUGAUCUAAGCCGCCCCCCUGAGGAUGAAGAUGACAGCAGAAGUAUUUGUAUUGGAACGCAACCAAGGCGGUUGUCUGGUAAAGAUACAGAGCAAAUCAGAGAGGCUUUACGAAGAGGCCUAGAAAUAAACAGUAAACCAAUCCUACCUCCAAUUAGUACACAGCGUCAGAACGGCAUGAACCACGACCGAGUGCCGAGCCGUAAAGAUAGCUUGGAAAGUGAAAGUUCUGCAGCCAUAAUUCCUCAUGAGUUAAUACGCACGCGGCAACUAGAAAGCGUCCAUCUCAAGUUCAACCAGGAGUCUGGAGCACUCAUUCCACUUUGUUUAAGAGGUAGAUUAUUACAUGGACGGCACUUUACAUACAAAAGUAUUACUGGAGACACAGCCAUCACGUUUGUGUCUACAGGGGUGGAGGGAGCAUUUGCUACGGAGGAGCAUCCAUAUGCAGCACAUGGACCUUGGCUACAAAUUUUGCUGACAGAAGAGCUUGUGGAAAGGAUGCUGGAAGACUUAGAAGAUUUAAGCUCUCCAGAGGAAAUGAAAUUGCCAAAGGAGUAUAGCUGGCCGGAAAAGAAGAUAAAGAUUUCCAUUCUCCCAGACACAGUGUUUGAUAGUCCGCUGCAUUGAGGACAGGGCGAUGGGACAUAUCUGCCAUACAAGAGAAACUUAAUGUACUCUCCAACGCUCAGCACCGUUUAUUGCUGUAAACCAAAGGAAAGCAGUUACUGCACAAUCAUGGCCUAUGAGACCGAUCUGCACAGACGCUUGUGACAUUUCAGCGCUGUUAUAGAUGAUAUGAGUAUCCGCGCAUAUAGUACUCAGUGAUUUAGAAGAACAAUGUUCUGUUUAGUCUUGCAGGUCAGUUAGACAGUUACUGGUUUACUACAUGAUCACACGUGCCAUUAAUCUGGGUUUGAGCUUAGCCCCUGAAUAACCGGUUAGUAUUUGGGCUAAUACUGUAUUCCAGUCAGGUUGCAUUUCCAGCAUACAUGGAUUCCAAUGCUACUUAUGACACUGGAACCAGGUAGUGGUGACAAUACUAACUACAGACCUGUUCCUCCGAUGUAUUUUGAAUGACCACAGUGUUAAAUUACAAUAGGUUAUGUUUUGUUUAAAUAAUAUAUAAAGUGAGCGUCGUGUGGCAAAUAGGGGUCUUUUAUCAGUAUUUUUCCACUUUGUUCUAAUCAUGGUUAGAUUUCUAUUUAAUAACACUGUUCUCUAGUACUUGCCAUUUGCAGUAGAGAUCACUUUUCUCAAUAUGUUUUAUUAUAAAAAAAAAAAAGAAAGCUUCAAGACUUUUUUUUUUUCUUCAUUUUAUUUUUUGUAAAUUGAAAAAUGUGAGAUCCAUCGUGCAUGAGGCGUCUGGGUGAUGACUGUAUCAUGGUGGCGUGACGGGUAAGAUGUACUGUACUCUGCUGGCUAUUUGUGUGAAUGUGAUGACCCUGUAGCAUGACACACAACAGGGUCUCUUCUCUUCCCCCUACAGCAUCAGUCUGCUGCUUAGCAGAGCACAUCUAUUGCACAACUUGCUAAUGUUUCAUUUGCAGCAGGGAACUUAGUGGACUGUGUAAUGUAAAUUGUAUACAGGUUAAGUGAGCGGACUAAAGCGGUUAAUUAUAUAUCCAACCCCCCACAUGUCACCCUCCUAGGUUUUCCUAUAAUACUGUACACAUAUUCUAGAGUAUCGCAGCUGUCCCUUUAGCCUUUAAGGAGGAUAUGUCUUUUCUUAAAAUCCAACAGCUACCCUUUGCUCACUUGGUUAGUCAGCUGUGAUGUAGAGUGACUCCACCAGGGGGCGAUUAUGAGUCAUGCCCCGUGAGAGACAUUUGGCAGUGACAGUUUGUGCUCUCUCAGGGGUAGAGGGUCACUUUUUAGGUCACGCUUGGUGCACAAGCUGUACAUUUGAAAGGUUUUGCCUAAUAAUAUGCAUGUGAUAAAUGUCAGUGAUCCCCCCUAAGAAGGUGGGGAAU